AUGUCAUCAUGCUUGUGGGUUCUCAUAUUCGCCGUAUACUGCACUUCCGUGCAUGCUGUUUUGGCUUCCCCACAAUGCCUCGACUAUCAGGAGCAGUCCCUGUUGCUGAGCUUGAAGAACGGCCUCCACUUCAAUGCCUCGCUGUCCACAAAGCUCGCGGAAUGGACCCAGGGCUCAAGCUCUUGGCCUGGGAAGAUCCAGCUCUUGAACAACCGAUUCUCCGGACAUGUUCAACUUAAUGAGUCCUUGAAUUUCUCUUCCUAUGCAUUGGACACCCUCGAUUUGAGCAACAACAAGUUGGACGGGCCAAUUCCUCUUGCUUUGUUUCGAUACUCGGAGCUCAAGUACCUCUCACUGUCUUUCAACAAUUUCAACGGAUCCUUGGAUAUCGAUGUGGUUCAGAAGGUCAGCAGACUCUCCUAUCUUGAUCUUUCCUACAACAAAUUGUCCUUAAAUGCCGGUGGAGCUGCUUCAGCAAACAGCUCUUUUCCUCAAUUUUCAACAGUAAGUUUGGCAUCCUGUCAUUUGAAGGCAUUACCCGGUUUUUUGUCGAACCAACCCCAGUUGGUGUAUCUAGACCUCUCUGACAAUGAAAUCCAUGGUUCGAUCCCCAAGUGGAUAUGGACUCUAAAAAAUCUUCUAUAUCUCAAUCUCUCAUCGAAUUUCUUCGAGGAUGUGGAAACUGCUGAGCCCAAUCUCACUUCUACUCUGAGUUUGCUUGACCUUCACUCAAACAGUCUAAGGGGGAAAAUGCCACCUUUGCCUCCUCUUGCUGUCUACGUGGAUUACUCGGGCAAUAAUUUCAGCUCAAUUAUUCCAGCUGACAUCGGCAAGAACUUGUCCGUCACGAUCUUCUUCUCUCUGUCAAAGAACAGUUUCCAGGGGAAUAUUCCUGAAUCAAUUUGCCAGGCAUGGUACCUUCAAGUUCUCGACCUAUCUGAUAAUUCCUUUACAGGAAAAAUCCCCUCGUGCAUGGUCGAUGCACCCUCCUUGAAGGUGUUGAAUCUCCGGAAUAACAAGCUAAAUGGUAGUAUUCCUGAGGGUUUUCCCAGAACUUGUGGUUUGAAGACCUUGGAUCUCAGCAGGAAUAGCUUUCAAGGGCAGAUCCCCCUGUCUCUGUCAAAUUGCAGGAUGUUAGAGGUUUUGGACGUUGGAAAUAAUCAGAUAGAAGGGGGCUUUCCCUGUUAUUUGAAGAAUACAACAGAACUGCGUGUCCUUGUUAUGCGAGGAAACAAACUUUCUGGCCAAAUAGGUUGCCCUGACAUCAACAGUACGUGGGAUUUGCUUCAAAUUGUUGACUUAGCCUCCAAUAACUUCAGCGCAUUGCCACCAGAACGAUAUCUUUUAACUUGGAAAGCUAUGCAGGAUAAUGAUGGUCAUGAUCAUCUCCAGUUAACAUUUCUUGGUAUUAGUGGUCUGUAUUAUCAGGACACCGUGACCGUUACAGUGAAAAGCCUGACUGUGGAGCUUGUGAAGAUCCUCAAAGUUUUCACCUCCAUCGAUAUAUCCGAAAACAGGACUUCUGGCCAGAUCCCAAAUGCUUUGGGCACUUUUAAAUCUCUCCGUCUACUCAACAUGUCAGGAAAUGAACUCUUUGGGCCAAUACCACCAUCUCUGGGUAACCUGCAAGUCCUCGAGUCCUUAGACCUCUCAAGGAACAAUCUCACCGGUAACAUUCCCCCGGCAAUCACUAACCUGAACUUCCUUGCGCUCUUAAACUUGUCAUACAAUCGGCUGACGGGAUUAAUUCGAUCGGGAAGUCAGUUUGCUACAUUUGGAUCAAGUUCCUAUGUGGGCAAUACCGGCCUAUGUGGAUCUCCCCUCAACACAAAUUGCUCAGUUGCCAAAGAACCAGAGGAAGCAGAACCCGGCGGUGGGUUCUCAAGUUUUGUAUCUUACUGGCACUUCAUGAUCGUGGGAUACGGGUUUGGAGUUGGAGUAAGCGUAACAGCUCUCAUACACUGGAACAAAGGUGAGGAAUGGAUCGAUGCUCUCGUUGCUAAAAUACUUGCAGUGGUUCUCCCAAAGUUGGGAUUCUGA